UCACUUUUUCUUUUUAUUUCUCAAAUUUUAUAUUUUAAUUAUAUUAUAGAAAAAAGAAUGGGUUCUGAAACAUUUCUUGAAGUCAUCCUUGCUAUCUUACUUCCUCCUGUUGGUGUUUUCCUACGUUAUGGCUGUGGUGUGGAGUUUUGGAUUUGUGUGUUGCUGACAAUACUGGGAUACAUACCGGGCAUUAUUUAUGCACUCUAUGUCUUGGUUGGAUAGUAUAAUAAUGCUAUUUGCCUAUCAUUCUCAAAUAAAUAAAUACUCUUAAUUUCUUGUUCUGUCUUCUUUUUUAUUUUGUAUUCUCUCUUAAUGUUCUUAAAUACACUCCCCACUGUCUUAUAUAUGUUUGAUCACACACUCUGUUUUUAAGGUAA